UUAUUUUUGUUGUUGUUUAGUCUAAAACUCGAAGACAACCCCUCCAUUUCCUUCUCCAUCCCUCUUGAGUCCACCACUCCUUCCUCUUCCUCCAAACACCCACGUCGCUGGCGGUCACGCCUGCUGUUGCAGAUCCGGCGGCAUGAACCGAGUCCGGCCGAGACGGUGGUGACCCAAACGGAAGUCACCUACCGGGAAAUCUGCAGCGAAUUGUCAGAUUCGCAACCUCCGGUAACAGACUGGUCAUUUUUCCCAUUUAAGAACACGUUUUGUUUGGGUCUCAAUAAAAUAAGAUUGUUGGAAGCAAUACUGUGUAGCAAUGAAGGAAGAAGGAGAUGGAUCGAUGAAAUCCAUUAUUAAAGAUGAAGAGAAUGCGGUAGGUUACCACAGCAACAAUGUAAAAAAAGUUAGGUUAAAUUCAACUCUCGCUGCUCUGCUUGACGAUCCUAUUCUCGCUGAUGUCCCCAAAAAUCCCACCCUAUCGCACGUCGACACUCUCAUCAGCCUCGAAUUGGGAAGCGCCAUGCGUAUCUCCGUCCUUAAGCUCGAUGGCACUGCCAUUGAUGUGGUGAUCAUGAAUUCCGCGACAUUGAAAGACUUGAAGCUUGCAAUCAAGAAGAAAGUAAACGAGAUGGAACAAUCCAAGAUGGGGCAUCGCCACAUUUCAUGGAAACACGUAUGGGCAAAUUUUUGCUUAGCACACCUCAACGAGAAGCUUCUUGAUGAUAGCUCUGUUCUUCAGGAUUUUGGAAUCCGUAACAAUUCUCAGGUACGUUUUAUCCCAUACGUUAUGUCAAAGAGCUCCAGAACUCAUUCUCGGAGGAGAAAACACCGAUUCUUUCAUGGUCUCAACAAAUGUGCUUGAGCUUCCAGAUGCCUUGGAGGAUGUUUCUCUUCAACACAAAUUCAGUAAGCUUGAGUUCGCAUUACAAUUUUUGAACCUGAAUAUGAACUUUAGAGUGAAUGAGUUUAUAGGAACUUGACACUUCCUUGUACAUUUAACAUUAUGAUAUGUAAAAAUGCAAACUAAUGUCUACAUGAUUAGCAAAUUCUUUGUUGUUUAUAGACUGGGAAACCAAAAUCCUCCAUAUGCUUUGCCUUUUACUACUGUU